AUGGAAAUAAUCGACAACAGCCCGCCUAUUAUCUACAUUGGAUUCGAUAUUGCUCGUGUACAAAAGAUGAAACAUACUGUUGCUUUAGAUGAAUUACAGCCUAUUAUUGAUAAUUGUGUACGUCGCACUGGCAUACACUUUUCAUCAUCCGCUUCUUUACCAAUUUCGGAAAUUCCCUUUGAAAAACACAGAUCAAUUGGUUUUAACUCUAAGCAAUGUGGAAUAAUUCGAGUGAAUUGUGUUGACUGUCUAGAUCGUACAAACACAGCUCAGUUUGUCAUUGGUCGAGUUGUCUUAGCCUAUCAAUUGUAUGGUUUAGGCUUUCUAGCUGAACCGGAUUUCUUGGAUAAUUCACAGAUUGACCGAUUAUUACAGGAUUUAUACGACGAGCAUGGAGAUACAUUGGCGUUACAGUAUGGCGGUAGUCAAUUGGUUCAUAAUAUAAACACUUAUCGUAAAACGAAGAAACUCUCCAGUCAUUCUCGUGAUUUUGUCCAGACAUUGUCUAGAUAUUAUUCAAAUAAAUUUUCUGAUUGGGAGAAACAAUGCGCAAUCAGCCUAUUUCUACGUGUAUAUCGUCCUAAUCUUUGGUCUGGUACACUUUACGAUUUUGUUAAAGAUCAUUUAAUCCCGAGGUAUUUACUUCAUCAAAAUGAAAGUUGUAAAACAGUUCAUCAACUGCACGAUAAAUUGACAAUGUUUCAUUCGGAUACAGAUCAAAUUCUAGCUGUUGUUGCUGCUUCACUUUCUGGUUGUAUAUGGGAUUUAUGCAGUGAUGCCUACUUGCAUUGGUUGGAUGCUUGGUCACGUUUACCGAUUUAUCGCUAUCCAUUUACCAAUUGGUGCUCUCGGGAUUUGUUACAAUCCUUACCUAGAGGGAUGGAUAUAGCACAAAAGCCUAGUCUGUAUGCUGAACACUGUCUAGCAUUACCUUCUAAUGAUAUAAGAGUUGAUUGGUUCAAUGAAUUCUAUAAACUAUCAUCUUACGUCCAUUUGGAUCGUUUCCCAAAUCCACAAAUCCGUUCCACUGAACUCGUAGUUCAACAUCACCUUGGUGAUCACAUGACACAUUCAUAUUCAUCAAAUCUGCAAGUGUGUAACCAAAUAUGCUCGAGUAAUAUGAAAAGUUCAUCUGCGGUUGAGAAGAAUUCAACUUCUAGCUUUACCUAUCCUACAAUUCCUAUGGACUUGGGUCACACUAUAUGUGCUACACAUUCAUUUCCUAAUUUCGCUGAAAUAUCAAGUUUUGAUUGGAAUAUUGGACAUUGUAGUGUAUUAUCCAAACCAUGUAAAGAUAAUAAUGAAAAAAUUAGCUAUUUAAAUAAAACAGAAAUAAGUAAGACCAUAAAAUUGAAGAGUGGGAAAAAUCACUCCUUACCUAAUAGUAAAAAGAAAAAACAUGAAGAAAACCAAGAAAAGUCUGGUGACGAUGAUGUCGAAGAGGAGGAGGAUGAAACGAGUACUGAUAGUGAUUGUGAAGAAUCAAUGGGUAAUUAUGUCGAUAUCUUUCCACCGGGUUUAAAUAUCUUUCAUACACCAUCUGACUCUGAUCCAAUACCAACAAAACUGAAAUAUUCUACUGAUCAGUAUUAUGAAAAUAAGGCAUAUUUUGUGAGUAAUCCUCAUCUAAUGAAUAUUUCAAAACGUCAAAAACGAAAAUCACAAACACCAGGUCAGCUGGUGAAAUCGAAAGAAGAUUCUGAUGUUAUUCACUCAAACACCAUGACAUUAUCUCAGAUCACUGUGAAUACACCGGAUAAGCAAUUGUAUGAAGAAUAUCUUCGUUCAGACUUCACUAAGCAACCACAACGACUCAAGGAUUUUUAUAAAAAUAAUUUUGCAGCACCUAAUUCUUUAUUAUCAAUGUCAGUAGAUAAGAAAUCCAUGGAGAUUUAUAUUAAAUAUGUGCAAAUGAAGAAUGUCGAUCUUUCUAGUAUACCUGUACACAGUAUGAAUAUUUAUAAAGCGACUGCAUAUCUUACCUCACAGUUAUUAUAUUAA